AAAUCAAAAUUGUAAUAAAUACCUCUGGAAAAGAUUUUUUUCCCCUCAGAUCAGAAGCGAGACACUUGCUCUUGGUUCUGUCUGAACACUGAAGCUCUCCAAUGGCAGAGAAAGUCAAGGAACGUACGCUGGAGGAGACAUCGACGUGGGCAGUCGCAGUGGUUUGCUUCGUUCUGCUUCUGAUUUCGAUUAUCAUCGAGCAUCUGAUUCACAAGAUCGGAGCAUGGUUCAAGAAGAAGCACAAGAAAGCUCUCUAUGAAGCUCUUGAAAAAGUGAAAGCAGAGCUUAUGCUGAUGGGAUUCAUAUCCCUUCUGCUAACAAUCGGCCAAGGACCGAUCUCGGGCAUCUGUAUCUCCGAGAGUGUGGCAUCGACCUGGCACCCUUGCAGCCGCGCAGAAGCGGAGAAAAAGUACGGAAAGAAAGACAAGGGAAAGGACAACGAAGAAGAAACGACCAGCCGGAGGCUUCUCGAGUUGGCUGAAUCUUACAUACCCCGACGGAGUUUGGCCACUAAAGGCUACGACAAAUGCGCAGAUAAGGGGAAAGUCGCUUUCGUGUCGGCAUAUGGCAUUCAUCAGCUGCACAUAUUCAUCUUUGUUCUCGCGGUCUGUCACGUCGUCUACUGUAUCAUAACUUAUGCUUUGGGGAAGACCAAGAUGAGGAGGUGGAAGAAAUGGGAGGAAGAGACGAAGACAAUCGAAUAUCAAUAUUCCAACGAUCCUGAGAGAUUCAGGUUUGCGAGGGAUACGUCUUUCGGGCGUAGGCAUCUGAACUUUUGGAGCAAAACAACUGUUACAUUAUGGAUCGUAUGUUUUUUCAGACAGUUCUUUGGAUCUGUCACCAGGGUCGAUUACCUGACGCUCAGACACGGAUUCAUCAUGGCUCAUUUGGCGCCUGGAAGCGAAACAAGAUUUGAUUUCCGCAAGUACAUCCAGAGAUCGUUAGAGGAAGAUUUCAAUGUGGUCGUCGGAAUUAGUCCUGUCAUAUGGUUCAUCGCCGUGUUGUUCCUCUUGACCAACACACACGGAAUAAAUUCUUACCUCUGGUUACCCUUCAUCCCGCUAGUUGUGAUUCUUAUAGUAGGGACAAAGCUUCAGGUCAUAAUAACGAAACUCGGGCUUCAAAUUCAAGAGAAAGGAGACGUGGUGAAGGGGGCGCCUGUGGUUCAGCCCGGGGAUGACCUCUUCUGGUUCGGCCGCCCUCGUUUCAUCCUCUUCCUCAUCCACGUGGUUCUCUUCACGAAUGCAUUUCAACUUGCAUUCUUCGCGUGGAGUACUUACGAAUUCAACCUCAAGAACUGUUUCCACGAAAGCACGGUAGAUGUGAUCAUCAGAGUCGUGAUGGGGGUCAUCGUACAAAUUCUCUGCAGCUACGUAACUCUCCCGCUUUACGCCCUCGUCACUCAGAUGGGUUCGACGAUGAAACCGACGGUGUUCAACGAAAGAGUAGCGGUUGCACUAAAGAACUGGCACCACACGGCGAAGAAGCAGUCGAAACACAGCAAGCACUCUAAUUCGACCACGCCUUUCUCGAGCCGCCCUACGACGCCUACCCGAGGCACGUCUCCCAUCCAUCUUCUCAGCAACUUCCAGAACCGCAGUCACGAGAGUCUCUCGGCCUCGCCUUCCCCUAGACACUCGGAUUUCGAUCAGUGGGACCACCACCAAGAAGAGGCUGAAACGUCCACGCAUCAUAACAACAACGACGAGAGUUCGGAACAAAGGCCUGAUGUUGCAUUGCCUCCCGGACCAGGACCUAUUCGGACACAACAUGAGAUCAGUAUAAACGUCAGGGACUUUUCUUUCAAGCGACCAUCUACGUGAUCUCAGCCAUUAUGUACAUUACAUAUUAUGCAAAACUUAAAUCAUAUUCCCUAUUUUUUUCCUCUUCUUUUCAAAGUUUGUAAAGUACGAAGAUGGAUACGGAAGAAUCCGAAAGUGACAGGUUCAUAAUCAAGAUUAUACCAAUUGAAAUACAAGAUUAUCCAU